AUGGCCCAGUCAACCGCCCACCGCCGCCUCCUCCAGGAGUAUCGCGCCUUGACGAACAAUCCCCCAGAGGGCAUCACCGCUGGUCCCGUGUCCGAAGAUGACCUCUUGCAGUGGGAGGCCCUCAUCCAGGGUCCCGAGGGAACUCCCUUCGAGGGCGGCGUCUUCCCCGCCGAGCUCAAGUUUCCCAAGGACUACCCACUCGCGCCACCCACCAUGAAGUUCCUCGUCGACAUGUGGCACCCCAAUAUCUACCCCAGCGGCCUCGUCUGCAUCUCCAUCCUCCACCCCCCCGGUGACGACCCGAACCACUACGAGCACGCCUCCGAGCGCUGGUCCCCAAUCCAGUCCGUCGAGAAGAUCCUCAUCUCCGUGAUGAGCAUGCUCGCCGAGCCCAACGACGAGAGUCCCGCCAAUGUCGAGGCCGCCAAGAUGUGGCGCGAGCGCCGCAACGAGUACGAGCAAAAGGUCCGCGACGGCGUCAGGCGCUCUCUGGGUCUGUAG